AUGGCAUCAAAUUUCACAGACAAAGUGGCCAUUGUAACGGGGUCCAGUUCAGGAAUCGGCGAAGCUAUAGCUUUAGCCUUUGCAUCUCGUGGAGCAAAAGUUACCCUGUGUGGUCGCGAUUCUCAAAGAUUAGACGCAGUGUGUUCUCAAGCUGUAGAAAUCAGCGGUGGUCAACGGGACAGAUUUCUUACGUUUGAAGGCGAUCUAAAUGAUUCAGGUGUUCGGAGACGUAUAAUUGAAAAGACAGUUGACAAGUUUGGGCGUUUAGAUAUUCUCGUCGCCAGUGCUGGGAUAUCAGAUACUCAGAUGUCGAUACUCAAUGCUACAGAAGAAAGUUAUGACGCUGUGAUGAAUACCAAUCUGAAAUCGAUUUUUUUCCUUAUUCAGCAAGCGAUUCCACAUCUGGAGAAGUCCAAAGGAAAUAUUGUUACUAUCUCAUCAAACGUAUCUUCAAUGGUUCUACCUAUCACAGCAGUCUAUUCCAUGUCUAAAGUAGCACUGGAUCAUCUAACCCGCUGCCUUGCAGUAGAACUGGGACAGAAAGGGAUUCGUAUCGAAUUACUGAAAGAAAUGGGGAAAUUAGACGCCAACAAGGUGCCUUUGAAAGACAGAGUCCUGACUGCUGAGGAUGUAGCGGAAACGGUGGUGUUUCUGAGCUGUGAGACAGCCAAGUUCAUCACGGGCGAAACCGUCAAAAUCGAUGGAGGGAGGAGUUUAACUGGGCCACUUGACAUUUCUGAUUAUGUAGAUUUGUUAUAA